AUGUCUUCAACAGACUCUUAUGGAUACAUAACUUCAACAGACUCUUAUGGAUACACAACUUCAACAGACUCUGAUGGAGACACAACAACCCAGCCCACGCUUUUAGGCAUUCCAGCUGGAAUAGCUAUCAAGAUAUACGACUUUCUCUUCACGGAUAUCAUCGAUGGGCUGAGAGACUAUCUCUAUGUCUGCUUCUAUAUCCGUGGCAACACUUACGACAAUACUGCCAAUUUCUUUAGUGAUAUAGAUAAAGGCGGCAAAACGACCCUCACCCCGAUCCUGAGAACAUGCCAACAGCUAUACUCCGAGGCGUUCCCCAUGCUGUGCAAUCGCACUGAAUUCGUCGUCACCCUCGGACCUGUCGUCGAUCCUUCGCAGCUGACCUGCAUCAUGCCCCACCAGUACCUCAUUCACGCAACAGCACUGAAGCUCAACCUCAAGAUUGCGUCUCCAGAGAGGGAGGACGUACACACCUCCUCCGGCCCAAGAGAUAAUGGCAAUAACUUGAGGUGGCUCGAUCUCUUCAUCGAUGCCUCUGACAGAACGCUUAAGGCUUACGCCAUCGAAGCAAUAUUGGUUAUGAUCGAGAGAAGAGUGAGGGUCAAGGGGAAAGCUGGAGUAAGGCUAUAUCUCGACCCAUACACAGAGUCUCUGGUCAGCAAAGAACGGAUGGACCAGGUGUUGCAAGCGAUCAAUGGUACCUUCGCUGGGAUCAGAAAAGAGCCCCUUGGCCCAUCCCAUGCCAAGCACAUCUUGACUUACUUCAUGCCCGACACAUUUGUGAUUCAUGGUCUCGAUUUUAAGGGGAGACCAUAUUAUAAUGGGGUGAAAGACUACGGCCCGCACCGGAGUCAGAAGGAUAUUUAUUGUGAAUGUGGGAUAACUAUGGAAUCAAGAGAGGCGCAGAAUGGGUACAAGAGGUUUUGGAUGCUGGAGUCCUACCUCCAGAAGUCGGGGAUCCUUUGUUGGUACCAGAAGCUGCGAGGCCACCACGACGCCAGGCAGUUUUCCCCGGCUGAUCUUGUCUUUCUGCCUCUGCCUGAUACAUCGGGGCCUUGA